UAUGAAAUUAAAUCCAAAAUAUCGUAAGAUAAACGAUCUAAUUAUUUUUAUUUUUAAAACUUAACAACACAAUAAUACAACUUGUCUACUGUCACCCACAAUGUCGCAUUUUUAGAUUAUUGAAGCCUCAGUCGAAGGCGAUCUUUACAUCUGAGCGCCUCAAAUUUAUUAUACUUCCUUAUUAUUUUUAUAAAAUUUAAUUUUUAUUUAAAUACAUCUAACAAAUAAUUAUAUACAUAUAUAUAUUUAUUGUUUAUAAUGCGUGAGUGUGAUAAAAUAAGUGAUAAAAAAUAUACGAACAAUGAAAAUGAAAGUAGUAAAUUACUUGAAAAAAAUAUUAAUAACAAUUUCGAUGAUGAGACUGAAGAAUUGACACUUGAAGAUUUGGCGCCUGAUGGUGGCUGGGGAUGGAUGAUUGCCAUUGCUAUGAUUAUUGUCUUCGUGACAACAAUCUGCGCAGGAGCUUCGUUUCCUAUAGUCUUCGGAGAGUUUUUUGAGGCUGCUGGGCAGUCGGGAUCGGCGAUGACGCUACUUAAUUCUGUUUUUAUGAUCAGCUUCUCAGUGUCAGGUGUGAUAGCAAACCCAUUGUUGAAGAAGUAUUCAAUAAGAUUAAUCAGCACUAUUGCGGCUGUUUUGUUCGCUUUUCCAAAUGUUUUGUCGGCUUUUGUUACACAUGUGUAUCAAUUGGCUAUUAUUUUUUUUAUACAGGGUAUGGGUGCUGGAUUGAUGAAUACAAUAACCAACGCUAGCUUCAAUGCGUAUUUUGUUAAAAAACGUGCUAAGGUAAUGAGUGCAGCUCAAGUUAUUAUUGGUUUAGGAGGUAUAGUCUACCCAAUGAUAAUUAAACAAAUGAUGGUCAAUUAUGGAUUUCGAGGGACGGCGGCAUUGAUUGGUGCACUUAGUCUGAAUACAAUAGUGGGAAUGAUGAUGAUGCACCCAGUCGAGUGGCAUUUGAGAGAUCCAAACGAGGUGCUGGAAGAAAGACGUCAAUUAAAAGCCAAAAACUCACUGUUAGUGCACUCGAAUUUAGCAAAAGUAAAAAUGAUUGGUUCGGAUUCUCGGCGAGCCACGAUACACGGAACUCAAGAUUUCAUGGAACCUACUCGCUGGAGUAGUUUGCGUAAUAUUAAAGAUGAUCCACAGUCUCAGGAACCUUUACUUAUUUUAAAUUCCAAAGCAAUAGAAGUUGUUAAUUCAGAUUUAGGAAACGAAAUGCGCCCGAGGUCUAGAUCGCAAUCAAUGAAAGUUAAAUUAACAAAUAGUUUGUCAAUAAUGCCAGCUUCCAGCAUUGGCAGCAUCACUGGAGCUUUAAUGGAAGCACAACAUCGUCGUGAGUUGACUACCAAAGCUUCACUUGAUGAAUUGAAAGAAUUAAGUAUCAAUAAUAAUAGUAAUAAUCAUAAUGAAAAAAAAAAAAUUAUUAUCAAAAGAAAAUCAAUCAUAAGUGAAAAACAAGAUCCUGAUUUUUUCCAACAAUUAUCAGAUUUAUUUGAACUCUCGCUUCUCAAAGACCGUACAUUCGUAAUAAUGAGUUUAGGAAUUUCAUUCGUAUUUGUAAGUGACUUUACAUUUGUAUCUCUCGUUCCUCUGGCGAUGAUGCACUCAGGAUAUUCAAACGCCGAAGCUGCAGUAACAGUAACAGUUGCAGCGGCUGCAGAAUUGGCGUCACGAAUUUUGUAUUUGAUAUUUACUUUAAUUGUUGAUUGUCGAGCUAAAAUAAUAUUUUUCUAUGCAAUGAUUGUCAUGGGUUUUGCUAAAUUAGCAUUUUUCUAUUUUGGUAGCACAUUAAUGGGAAUUUAUGUAUGCACAGCGGGAAUAGGAAUCGUAAGAACGUUUUUAAUGGUACCACAGCCAUUAGUUGUCGUAGAAAAUUAUCCCGUUGAAAUGUACGCAGCUUGUUACGGAAUAUUUACUCUGGUUAAUGGAGUUGCUAUGAUUAUAAUCGGACCAUUAGUUGGUAUAAUUAAAGAUGCAACGGACAGUUUUGAGGUGGGUCAACUUGUUUUAAUAGCUUUAAAUUGCGUGUUCAUCGUACCUUGGGCGUUUGAAUUGUUGGUCGAUUAUCGAACGAAGAGAAAAAAUAAAAUUAAUGAUAAUAGUAAUAAUGCGAUAGCUUAAUU